AUGAAUAAAGCAUUCAGGAGAUGUCUGUGUUUUGGGGGUCAGAGACAUGUUCUCCAUUUGAAAGUCAAGAAACUUUUGCUGUCCAGACACCUCCCAGUGUUCACUUACACAGAUCAAGAUGAAAUUUUAGAAAUGAACACAAUAAAUGUGGCUUUCCAGAAUGGUGCAAUGGGACAUCUUAUCAGUGGCCAGAAGAUGUCUAUGUGCAGGACAGGAUCCCAUGCAGGGGUUGUUAUAAAAAGGGAUGUAACAGCCAUGAUGAAUAAUAUUCAGCAACUGCAGUUAUGCUGCCUAUUGGAACAACAUGACCAGAACAGAAUGCACAGGCCACCAAAUGCAGACACAAUCUUCCAGUAUACAUAUUGUGGGAACAGUGUGGUUGAAGAUGGAGAAGACUGUGACUGUGGCUCCUUAAAUCUGUGUACAAAAGAUCCAUGCUAUCAGUCAAACUGUACUCUGAGUCCUGGGGCUACUUGGGCUCUUGGGCUUUGUUGCAAAGAUUACAUGAUCAUGCCAUCAGGUGACGUGUGUAGAGAACGGGCAAAUGAAUGUGACCUUCCCAAGUGGAGAGAUGGGAAAACUAAUCAGUGUCCAGAAGGACCCUGGUCUCGGUGUUUGUUGCGCCGGUUGCAACAAGUGGCCCCCGAACAGGGACCUGAGACAACAAGGAGGAAAGCGAAAGUGGACCGUGCAGCGUCUAAUUCAGGGAGCCGUUGCUCAACCCGGUCUCAGCCUGGCACCGGGGCCCAGCCUCCCACAGGUGACGUUUUCAGUAACUGUGGUACAAAAGGUUCUACAUAUGUACAGUGUAACAUAUCAGAUAUCCUGUGUGGGAGUAUUCAGUGUGAGAAUGUGACAGAAAUUUCUCUUCUGAGUGAUCAUUCUAGUGUACAUUGGACCCACCCUGAUGGUGUCACCUGCUGGGGUACAGACUACCAUACAGGGAUGACAAUACCUCAUAUGGGUGCCAUGAUAGAAUGUACAGAGUGUGGUAAAGAGCAUAUCUGCAUCCAAAGGAAGUACGUACACAUGUCGUGUAUGCCAAGAACUUAUACACCUAAGACCUGCAAUAUGAAUGGGGUCUGCAACAAUAGACAUCACUGCCAUUGCGACCAUGAGUGGAACCCUCCUAAGGAUGGGGUAGAAGGCUUUGGAGGUAGUAGUGGCAGUGGCCCGCCCCCCCCCCCCCCCCCCCCGCCCAAGAAGAACGCAAAGAUACAAAAGAAGUUUUGCAUAAUGCUACUUGGGCUAAUUCCUUUUUUGAUUCUAUCAUGUUUGUUACUUUUACUUUUCCUAAGAAAUGAAGAAAAGGAUAAGAAAAAAGAGCAGAAUGAUCCACUUGCACCAACUUCAUUAGAGAAUCAAGGCCACAGUGCUCAUACUUCAUUGAAGAAAGAAGAGCCGGGUGUUUCAACUUAACCCAAGAAAGAAGACCAAAAACUUACUUCAAAAAAGAAACCCAAUUCCAAAUGAACUUUCCUAUGUAUUAAGUUUUAGUCACUGGCAACAAAAGUGGUAUAGCACGUGUCACAGUUUAAUGACAGAAAAUCCUCAUGAUUUUUUAUCACUGGGGAUCACAAACAUUAACCAUUAAAAAAUUAGCAAAAUACA